CCUUUCCCGGCGGGCGGGCGGAGGAGAGGGGAUGUUGCUGGUGCUGUCGGAGGAGCAGAAGGCACACCUGGGCUGCCUGCCGGGGGCGGGUGCCGCAGCCGUCGGCGAGCUGGGUCGGCUGGCGGUGGAGCUGCUGCGGCGGGGCGCGGCUCCGCGGGCCUGCGAGGCAGCCGCCAGAAAACUUAACAUUGGUGUUGACACUCUUCAGCAUGGCAUAGAAGGACUAACUUACCUUCUCACUGAAAGCUCCAAGCUUAUGAUUUCAGAGAUCGACUUCCAAGAGUCCAUUCAUGUUCUGGGAUUCUCAGAUGAACUGAACAAACUAUUGCUCCAGCUGUACCUUGAUAACAGGAAGGAGAUCAGAAGCAUUCUCAGUGAGCUGGCACCAAAGCUUCCCAGCUAUCACAGUCUGGAGUGGAGACUGGAUGUGCAGCUUGCAAGCAGAAGUUUGAGACAACAGAUCAAGCCUGCUGUGACUAUGAAGCUACAUCUUAAUGAGUAUGAAGAUCAGACUGCCCAAGUGUUGCAGACCGACCCUGCUACCCUCCUGCACCUAAUUCAGCAGCUGGAACAAGCCUUGGGGGAAAUGAAAACAAACCACUGCAGGAGGAUCGUGCGCAACAUGAAAUAGCAUCGAGUCGUGGCUGUUGUGCUAAUGAGCAGUUUGUGAAACAACUAAAAACAAUGUUCACAAAUAGAUUUUGAGGAAAAAUAAACAUCUGGAUCAGAUGAAAUGCUUCCCUGUGCCAGGAUCUUGAGCAGUAAUUAUAGGCUGAAUGUCCUCCAGUGCUAACUUUACAUGCCUGACCAAUAUGAGAUAGGCAAUUGGUUUUGCUUUACUUGCACAUGUAGAAAUCCAGGAUGCUAUGCUGAGAAUUUCUGUAGCUCAAAAUUAGUAUAGUUCCACUUGAGCUUUCCUACAUUAAGAAAAGCUGUCUCAAUAUUUUAUGAAACUGCAUGUUUAUUUUUACAUUUAUCAAGUACUUUUUUCACUUUGUUUUGGAUUCUGCCAGCUCAGAGGCUAAGUGUGACAGUGCUUUUAUACCCUUUUUAUAGUCAAAUAAAGCAUCAUCAAACCUAACAAUUCCAUACCAAUGGAACCAGCUGUAACCCCUGCUAGGCAGUCUCAUGCUUUCUGCAGGGAGCAGUCACCAUAGAAAACACAGUGGCCUAAACAGGAGUUAGCAUGCUGAUUAUUUGUGUAUGUAAAGGUGAUCUGAAAAACUGAGAACUGUGGGGCUAGGAGGCAGAUUAAGAAUAGUGUUAACUUCUGCUAAAUCUGACUUUCAUCAUGUGAUGCUAGAAUCUUUGUUCCCCUGUUUGGACUGUGUGCUCAUAAGGGAAAGACUAGCUGAGUGUUGCAGCAUAAAUGAUGCUUUUCCAUCAAAAACGUCUC